AUGGGACAAAAAUCGACAAAAAACAAAAAGGAUCUACUCCAUCUGACCGAAGAAGAUGUCGAUCGUUUGACGAAAAAUACCACGUAUUCCAAACAACAAAUUCAAGACUGGCAUCAAGGAUUUCUUCGUGACUGUCCAAAUGGAAAACUUGAUAAAAAGAAAUUUUUAGAAGUCUACAAAAAAUUCUACCCUGAAGGCAAAGCUGAAAAGUUCUGUGGACAAGUAUUCAAAACAUUCGAUUCGGAUGAUAAUGGUUACAUUGAUUUCGUUGAAUUUCUCAUUGCGGUUAACAUAACAUCUCAUGGCGAUGUUCGAGAAAAACUUCGAUUGGCAUUUGACAUGUAUGAUAUGAAUAAAAACGGCAAGGUAAUCUUAUUUUUGAAGAAAUGUUCUCGUAGAGAUGAGCAGAAGCAAAUGACUAUGUAA